AAAAUGAUAGAAUACACAUCGUUUAGGAAGAACAGUGACAUUUUUAUUGCAAACGUUGCAAGUAUGUCGAUGCAAGAAGAAAAGAACUGGAAGUAGCAGUAGACAUUUUCAAUAUUUUGCACAGUAAUUUUGGAUUUUGUGCAUCUUUAUCAGAGCAUGAAAAAUUGAUCGUUGCUUUAGUCAGUUAUUUUAAACAAAACCAAACAUGACGGAGGACAUGUCAGGAGCAGACAUCUGCAGAGUUUGUAGAUCUGAAGGUCUUGCUGAUAGACCUCUCUUUCAUCCCUGUAUCUGCACAGGCAGUAUUAAAUGGAUACAUCAGGAAUGUUUAGUACAAUGGAUGCGAUAUUCGCGUAAAGAAUAUUGUGAACUUUGCGGAUAUCGCUUUUCUUUUACACCGAUUUAUAGCCCAGAUAUGCCACGUCGUUUACCAUUAAGAGAUGUUAUUGGAGGAUUAUUUUCCAACAUUGUAACAGCAGUAAAAUAUUGGUUACAUUAUACCUUGGUUGCAAUAGCAUGGUUAGGAGUUGUUCCAUUGACAGCUUGCCGAACUUACAGAGCGUUAUUCAGUGGUUCUCUAGACCUGGUUCGAAUAAUGUCAUUACCAAUGGAUAUGUUAUCUGCUGAAAAUAUAUCAUCAGAUGUAUUUCAUGGAUGCUUUGUGGUAACUUGUACUCUGUUUGCAUUUAUCGGUUUAGUAUGGCUAAGAGAACAAAUUUUACAUGCUGGUGGUCCUGAUUGGCUUGAUCGAGAUAAUGUACAAUUGCCCCCAGUCGACAAUCCACCACCUAACUUAGAGAUUCCCAUGCAACAGUUUCAAGAGCAAAGAGCUCUUCAACAAGAAAUUCAAGAUAAUAAUAAUGUACCACCCUUUGUUGAUGAACCACCAAUUUUACCAGAAAAUUCAAACAAUGAUAAUGUGGAAAACGUGGAGGGACAUAGAGUAGAAGAUAAUAAUUUACCAAAUAAUCAAAGAAUCAAUGAAGUUGAAGGAAUUGGUAGAGACAUUGAGCCACACGCUGCCCCCAGAAGCGCUGAUCAACAAGUAGAACAACCUGUCGAACCGCAUGUAGUAGUACCUCGAAAUGUAGAACCACUGAUUCCACCAAGGGAUGCAGAACAACCUGCAGCACCUAGAGACGAAUUGGGUAUAGAUGGUGAACAAGCAAACGCGAGAGUUGGGGAAGGGUGGAGGGAUCAAGCCCAGGGUCAGGCUCAAGGAGAAGAUGAGGAAGCAAACUGGAAUCCAUUAGAGUGGGAUAGGCCCGCGGAAGAGUUAACUUGGGAGCGCCUUUUAGGCUUAGAUGGAUCCCUUGUUUUUCUUGGACACGUAUUUUGGGUCGUUUCAUUAAAUACGCUAUUUAUUAUGGUUUUCGCUUUUUAUCCGUACUAUGUCGGUAGUUUUGCAAUAGCAUUGCUAGAUCUACAAGAAUAUGCAGCUGCUUCACACUUCGAAGGAUUAGUAACUACAUUAUGUGGUUAUUGUGUUACUGGAGUAGGGCUGGUUGUCCUUCAUACAUUAGCAGCACCUUUAGGUUUCCAACGUUCUCAACGAUUAUUGGGCUUAUGUUACGUUAUAGUAAAGGUUUCUUUACUUUCGGUCGUUGAGAUAGGAGUACUUCCUCUGGUUUGUGGUUGGUGGUUAGACAUUUGUUCAUUAGCAAUGUUCGACGCCACACUUCGAGACAGAGAAUCUUCGUUUAAACUAGCCCCUGGUACUUCAAUGUUCUUACAUUGGUUGGUGGGAAUGAUUUAUAUAUACUACUUUGCUUCGUUCAUUCUGUUAUUACGAGAGGUCUUACGGCCAGGAGUACUUUGGUUCUUAAGAAAUUUAAAUGAUCCCGAUUUUUCUCCUAUACAAGAAAUGAUACAUCUUCCAAUUUUAAGACAUGUUAGAAGGCUCGUAGCAUCUGCAGUGAUAUUUGGAACUGCUAUUUUAUUAAUGCUAUGGUUACCUGUGAAACUCUUAAGAUGGGCAUGGCCAGGAUUUUUGCCAUAUACCGUGACUAUUCAGAGCGAAGCUCAGAUCAGCGAAUUGUCUUUAGAACUGCUAUUACUACAAGUUAUUCUUCCUGCAUUAUUGGAGCAAUCUCAUACACGUACAUGGUUAAAAGCCCUAAUAAGAGGAUGGUGUCGAGUGGUAGCCUGGAUGUUAGAUCUCCAAUCGUAUCUUUUAAGAGAACAAACUGAAGAUCCAGGGCCGGCCGUAAUUGAGGAACCGCAACAUCCUGAUUUAGGAGCGGCACAUCAAGCGUUGUUACAAAGAGGAGGACCAACAGGUUUCCAACCGUAUAUCAGACCACGCUGGUUUCCUGCUCGUCUAAUUGGCCUUCUGUUUUGUGUUUGCGUUUCUCUUGUUAUCGCUAGUUUAAUUGCAAUGAUUCUCCCUGUUUGGCUUGGACGCAGAGUUAUGGCAUUGUGGAUGGUCGGAGCUCCGGCUCCAUCUCCACCAGUAUUACCACCUGCCUUAAGUGGGUCUGAUACCAACGAAGCCGCAGUUGCUUUAUCUGGACGAGUACAUGAAUUGUACACCAUAGCUUGUGGAAUGUACGUAUGUUGGGCAGCAGCAAGAGGAUUAGCCUUAGCAUUUUCUUGGUUGCCUCGUGGUCGAAGAGCUCUUUUAGAUAGAAUAAAACAUUGGGCGAUCAUAGGUGUUAAAGCAUCAGUAGCAUUUUUCUUACUUAUUGGCCUAAUACCGCUUUUGUUUGGUCUUCUUCUUGAACUAGUCGUUGUUGUACCAUUGCGUGUACCGCUAGAACAAAAUCCUAUUUUGUUUAUCUGGCAAGAUUGGGCCCUAGGUGUAUUGUACACAAAAAUAGCGACCGCUAUAAUUAUGAUGGGACCGGAUUGGAGAAUUCGUCUUGCAAUUGAACGAGCAUACAACGAGGGUAUUCGGGAAAUAGAUUUGAAAUUCAUCGUUACAGAAUUAGCAGCACCGGUAAUAUGUUGUUUCGGUCUUGCUUUAGCUGUUCCCUAUGCUGUAGCUUACGGAAUAGUCCCACUUUUAAUCACGAAUCUACAAACACAAAUUCUAAUUGCUAGACAUUUAUAUCCUUUCCUGUUAUUAGUACACUUAAUAUGUAUUGUUAUUUACUUUCAAAUUCGACAGUUUAAAAAGCUUUAUGAACAUAUAAAAAAUGAUAAAUAUCUUGUUGGUCAGAGACUUGUAAAUUAUGAACAUCAAAAUAAGUCUCAAUCGUAAGAACAGUAACAAUCACAUGCAUUAACCUAAUAUAUCUAGUAUAAGUUUUCCUCAACGAUGACAAGAAUUUAAUAGAAGAUUCUUUAAUGUACAUUCUCUAUCACACUUGAUCUAAAAAAUCCAGAUACUAACUUAUAUUAAUUAUACUUUAAUUCUUAGUAUUAUAAUUUAUUAGCGUAAGCGAUACAAAAUAAAUUAAAAAGACUGUUAUUCAAUGUGUCGCUUUCUUGUUUUAAUGCGGAUACUUACAUUACAUUACACAUUGUCGAUACUUUUGAUCUGAAUUACAAAAAUAUAUUGUUCAAAAACAGCAAUGAAUAUUUUGCACGGUUAACGACUAUAUGUCAUUUUGUAGAGCCCAAGAUUCCCGUUAUCCUUUUAUUAUUGAUCAAACCAACAACUUUUGAAAUAUACCAUAAACUGUAAUUUUUGACUUUAAAAUAUUUAAUGUACAAAGCUCUAUAACUCUUCAAUAAAUUCUAAGAAAAUAAGUUUCAAAGUACAUACUGCUAUGAAAGUAAAGUUACAUUUUAAUUGAGAACUCGUUAGUGACAAAAUAACACGAUCAUGCUCUAUUGUAAAAAACUAAUGUUUAAAAUGAUUAAUUUGAAUGAAAUUAAGAAAUAUUUAUACUUUCUUAAAAUAAAGAAAAUCAUAUUUCCUGAGAAACUUGUCAUUUUUCUUUUUUUUAGUUAAUCAUGCAAAAGUUAUCAUUUAAUUGUGUAAAUAUAAUUACAUAAAAAAUAGCAGAAUACUGAAUACUAACAGAUCUGAAUUACUUCCACAAUUAUGUUUCUUUUCGCAUGCAAAUAAAAUAUAUGCUUUGCACAUGGUAUACAGGACUUUAUGUACAGAUAUGAAGCUAAAUAUAAAUAAGGGUUAUUUAUUUGUAUAUGUAAUAAUCGUUCAGCGAUUAAUGUAACUGUACGAUUACAAGUAUGUAAAAAUGUUACCACAAUGUACAUUAAUAUAUAAUUGAAAUAAAUAAUGUUCUUGCGAAA